AAGCAAUUCUUAUAUUAAGUUUAAAAAAUUAAUCAAAUAAUGUAUUGAAUAGAACUAAAUUUUAAUCCAAGAAUUAUUCUAAUUAAUACGGCUACCAAACGGUCCUUAAAGUUUCAUCUUCCUCCGAUAUUAUCUUUGCCCGUCAUGGGCGGUAACAACAAAAACCAGUGUAUGUUGGCCAUUUUUACCGAUCCAUUCUUCACAAACCCCAGAAUACAUCACCUUGCAUCUUCAACUAAUCCUCCAUAAGCUUUCACAUCCACCAAAAAAUGUAUGCAUACAAUUAGCACAUUUAGUUGUCUCUGCUUCUAGAUCUUCUCGAUUUCUUAAUAUGAUUUUCAGAUUUCAGCUUUUUCCUGUAGGGUACUAUGUUAACAGGCCCGAGCAAUUCAGCAGCCCUUUUGUUGCCUGUCCUCUUUUCGGUAAUGCUAAUCGCUUAUUCUCUAUGAAUCCUUCUUACACACAACCUCAUUCUCCCUCUCGGCUUCCCACAAUGAUGAGUUCCUUCUCCGUUCAAGUUCCGCCACUUAAACUUCCAACUGUGUCCAUUUCAUAUACCCAACUAAAGGACAAGAGUGCUGAUUUAUCGGCAAAAAUAGAAGAAGGUUUUGGGCCAAAUGGUCUUGGAAUUCUGUCGAUAUCCGAGGUUCCCGGUUAUUCAUUGUGGCGACGGAAUCUUCUUCACUUUGGGCCCCGUUGUCUUUUCGUUAAAAGGUUAGCCAACCUUCCUGAAGAUGUGAAAAAGGAGCUUGAAGACCCUAGUAGCAGGUACAACUUUGGCUGGAGUCAUGGAAAAGAAAAGCUCGAAUCUGGAAAGCUAGAUUUGCUAAAAGGAUCUUUCUAUGCAAAUCCAGUAUUAGAUGUUCCCACGACAGAGCAGUCCCUCAUUAAACGGUAUCCAUCAUAUUGUGGGUCAAAUAUAUGGCCUUAUAAGGCUUUGCCAGAACUUGAAACAGCCUUUAAAACUCUUGGAAAACUGAUACUGGAUGUGGGAUUGCUCUUGGCAUAUCACUGUGAUCAAUAUGCAUCCAGAGAGAUGGUGAUGCUGGAGGGUGAAGGCCUUGAACAAACACUUGUUCAUUCUAGAUGUCAUAAAGGUCGUCUGCUUUACUAUUUUCCAGCUCAGCAUAGCCGCCAUGCACAUGCUUCCAUGUCAUCAUGGUGCGGAUGGCAUACAGAUCAUGGUUCCCUUACAGGUCUUACUUGUGGCAUGUUUACUAGAGAUGCUGUAGAAAUACAUUGCCCUGAUAGUGCUGCUGGCCUUUACGUGAAAACACGAACUGGUCAAAUAGUCAAGGUGGAGUAUGGGGUGGAUGAAAUAGCAUACCAAAUAGGUGAAACAACCGAGAUCCUCUCAAGUGGCCGGCUUUGUGCGACACCGCACUGUGUUCGGGCACCAAGGGGUGAUGCUGCAUCUGGUGUUGAUCGCACAACAUUUGCAUUAUUCAUGCAACCUGAUUGGGACCAAAAGAUUUAUAUUCCAGGGGAGGUGCAUAUUCAUCAGGAGUUGAUUCAGUCCAAUGGGCCUCUUACUUUUGGAGAAUACACCGAGAAGCUCCUUGACAAGUAUUACCACCCAUAAUGUAAAGCCAAUAUAGUUGCUGCCAGAGUAGAUUGAAAUCAAGUAUUACCACCCAUAAUGUAAAGCCGAUAUAGUUGCUGCCAGAGUAGAUUGAAAUGAUCUUUCAUUCCUCGGUUUGAGGAUACAUGAAUCAGUACGAAAACAGUUACUUAUUUUUGCAAUAGUGAGAUUAUGAAAUGAUAUUUUGACAUUCUAAUGAGGACGUUGGAAGCAGCCAACGUAGUUCAAACUCUUGUCCUACGAAAUCUAUUUGAUUAUGUUCUGGUAAAUCAUGCUUUCAAUGUUAAGCAUUAAAAUAAUGUCUUACAUCUUCAUGUACUUGGAAGAAGCCAAUUUUGAUUUAUUUCAUUACCAAAUGUGAUUGUCCUU